GCCGAUCGCGGUCCAACUCAGUUCGUGUUGGGCAACCGUCCGGGUUGGUGGUUUAAAAAGUGUUUUCCUUUUUUUUCGGCAGUAAAAGUGUGCUGUCUAGUGCAGAUUUAGUGCUUGUUUGGGAAAUUUUGGAACCCCCAAAAAAUGGGCUCCGGUCACAGUUGGGUACUGUUGGCCACUUUACUUGUGGGCUUGUGCGUGGCCGAUGAUGUUUCACCGGAUAACAAACCAACUGGAACGGAUACGUGGGCUGAUAAGCUGAAAAAGGAUCUUUUCGUCAAUUACGAUCCCAAUCUCCGGCCAACGCAGCACUACAAUGUGACCAACGUCGAGGUUAAUGUCACCGUCACCCACGUUGACAUUGACGAAGCGAAAUCCAUCUUCACCUUCAGCGGUUGGAUAAAGAUGCAAUGGAACGACGACAAGCUCAAGUGGAAUCCGGACGACUACGCCAAGCUGGACGUCAUCCGGACCAACCCGGACAGCGUUUGGAAACCGGACAUGGUCCUGUACAACAACGCUCGUACUUCGAAUAUCGAACACUAUGGUAUGACGAACGUGCUGAUCUACAACACCGGACAGAUUCUGUGGGUACCGCCCAUGGACUAUCACGCGAAUUGCAAGUUGAACCUCCGGAUGUGGCCAUUUGAUCAGCAAACAUGCUUCGUCAAGAUCGGAUCGUGGACCUUCGAUGGGUACAAACUGAACCUGACCCAAGUGGGAGAACCAGAGCUCAACAUCAUCGUAGACAACAACGAAUGGGCCAUCCAAAAAGUCGAUACGGAAACACACACCAAAUACUACGCAUGCUGUCCUGAACCGUACAUGGACAUCCAGUACAACGUGACCAUGCAACGCCAGUCCGCUACCCACAAGGCGAUCGUCGUCAGUCCGGCCUUCGUGAUUAUGCUGCUGGCUCUGUCGGUGUUCUGGCUACCCCCGAACUGCGGCGAAAAGAUCAUCCUCAACGGCAUAAUCACACUGAUCGUGACCGUCUUCCUGAUUUACUUCGCCAUGCAACUACCCGCCAUGUCCGGAAAUACCCCACUAAUCGUGACCUUCUUCAGUACCACCCUGUACCUGGUGGCGUUCGGGACGAUCCUGUCGGUGAUCGUGCUCAGAAUGUGCCGCGUCAGACAUACCGGGGCCGUUCCGGAUGGCAUCAAAAGCCUUGUGGACGGAUGUCUGGGGGAAGUCGACGAUAUCAAGGAUGCCGCUGGGGACGAGAUCUCCAAGCAACGGGACUGGUGUCGGUUGGCUGGGCUCGUCGAUAAGCUGGCCUUUGUGGUUUAUCUCGUGAUUUACGUCAUUUCCAUCAUCUACUACAGCCUAAAAUCGGCAGAAAUCUGGAAUAAAAUGGGCUGCGGGUACCGUUUUACCCUGUUGGCCCUUUGCCUUGUGGGCUUGUGCGUUGCAGAUGAUGCUCCCCCGGUCAAGGCGAGCGCGGCGACAUGGGCUGAUAAGCUUAAAAAGGAUCUGUUGCUAAAUUACGAUCGCAAUCUCCGGCCGACGCAGUACUACAAUGUCACCAACGUCGAGGUUAACAUGGAAAUCAGACACGUCGACAUUGACGAGGACAAUUCAAUCUUCACCGUUAGCGGUUGGCUGAAAAUGAACUGGCAGGACCUUCGCCUCAAGUGGGAACCCUCCGACUACGGUGGCCUUCGAUCGUUCUACAUCCCGAGCUACUACCUGUGGGAUCCGGAAGUCAACAUGCACUCGAUCACGCUGGAAACGGCCGGCUCGCGGUUCGCCGGUAUCAGCGAUGUCCGGGUCGAGAGUUCCGGGAUGCAUCACAGCACGCACCGAUUGUCUCAGAAGAUUUUCUGCGAGAUGAACUUCCAACGUUGGCCGUUUGAUACCCAGCACUGCAAUAUGGUGUUGGGCAAGUCGGUGUCCAUGCACGAGGAUCGAACGCUGAAGUUGAACGGGUUGGAGCAGGAUAGGAAGCAGUUCCGACCGAUCACCGAUAAUCCGGCCUGGGAGGUUACGGAUAUUUUGGUGGAGAGUUAUGAGGAUCCGAUGGAGGAGGAAGGGCAUAACUUUGAGGGAUUGCAGUAUGGAUUGGUGAUCAAGCGGAAGGUUAGGAUAUUUUAUAGCACGAUCUUGACCCCAGCGGUGAUCUUCAUUUUGAUGACCUUGACCAGCUUUUGGUUGCCUCCGGGUGCUAACGAGAAGGUUCUGUUGAACUGCGUCACGGCGACGUUGCUGUGCAUAUUUUUGCGAUAUUUCACCAUUCAUCUUCCGCUUUUGGCUACCAGGACUCCGCUAGUUGUUUUGUUUUUCAGUCACAGUCUGUACCUAACAGCGAUCAGCCUGAUCUUGUCGGUUGUAGUUAUCAACAUAGCUAAAUCUAGGCACCGAACACCGAUUCAUCCCUACUUAAAGUCAUUCAUUGCACUGCCAGGAGUUAGUAUUCUGGUUUGGACUGGAAGUACUCCAAAGUCCGUAACCGACGAGGAAGAGUGGACGGACGAGCUCAAGGUCGGAUCUACUGCGCGGGAAUCAUGUUCUUCCGCCGACGAGGCAUCCCAGGGACAGGGUGCCGAUGUCCAGCACGAAUGGAUCCAGCUUACGGUGGCCCUGGAACGAAUCUUCUUCAUCGCUUACGUGUUCAUCUACAGUGUCAUGGCCGCAUGUUACUUAAAUUGAUUUGAGCAAUAAAUUAGAUUGGCUUAGAAA